CCAUCGCAGGUAUCCUCCUAGUAGCACUUCUCUGAACCACUUCCAAUAAUUCAAUGUCCUUUCUUAGGUAAGGAGCCCAAGACUGAACACAGUACUCCAAGUUUGGCCUGACCAAUGACCAAACAAUGACAUUAUAACCCCUUCAGAAGUUACAUUCAUUAUUUCUGUAGAUACAACCUAAAAUCCUAUUUGCCCUACUAUUAGCAACAGCACAUUGCUUGGAUAGCUUGAGAGACUGAUGAACCAUAACACUAAGUUCUUUCUCUUCCAUACUACUGUUAAGGUUAUUCCCAUGAAGAUUAUACACAUAAUUCAGAGUGUGAUAUUCCACAUGCAUUUCCUUGCAUUUCUCAUAAUUUAAAGUCAUCUGUCAUUUAUUCACCCAACUCAUCAAAUAAUCCAAAUCCUUUCAUAAGCAGUAACAUUCUCCUCACAGCCAGCAAUGUCUAAAACUUUAAUGUCAUCAGCAAAUUUAAAUAAUCUGUUGACAAUUUUUUCAUCUACGCCAUUGAUGUAAAUUAAAAAGAGCAAAGGUCCUAACACACAGCCCUGAAGUAUUCAUAUGUGAAGUUACUCCAGUGUGAUUGAACUCCAUUUACAACAAACCCAUGCUUUCUUCUAUCUAGCCAGUUUUCUAUCUAAUAAGCAAACCUAUCCUUUACACCUACAUAUAUAACUUUCUAACAAGCUUUUUAUGUAGUACCUUGUCAAAUACUUUCUGAAAAUCCAGAUACACCAAAUACACCCCUGUACUCUCUUCCAUAUAAGCAGUACCCUCUUCAAAGAGGGUCAAAAUAUUUUUAAGGCAAGAUUUUCCCCUAAGGAAAUCAUGCUAACUAUCCAACAAAUGUUUUAACUUUGUUAAAUAACUUUACAAAUAAUCUUUCAUUAGACCUUCAAAAACGUUUCCUACAACUGAUGUAAGGUUAAUAGGCCUGUAAUUUCUGAGACAAUUUUUAUGACCUCCCUUGAAAAGAGGAAUAACAGUAGCCAGCAUCCAAUCUUCUGGUACCUGCCCACCAUUCAAGGACAUAGAAAAAUAGUAAAAAUGGAAGAGGCAGCACAGUACUUAGUUGGAGAACACGAUUUUAGGAAUAUGUGUAAGAUGGAUGUGGGAAACGGAGUGGUGAACUACAACAGAAAAAUUUUACAAGUCAUCAUUUCUCCUUUGACAUUCAGUUCUGAGCAGAGCUACCAGUUAUUUGAGUUGACUGUGGUGGGUCAAGCAUUUCUAUGGCAUCAGAUACGCUGCAUUACAGCAGUACUCUUUUUAGUCGGACAAGGCAAAGAGAAGCCUACAAUUAUUUUAGACCUACUAGAUGUGAAACAACAUCCAAGGAAACCACAGUAUACUAUGGCAGCAGAGCUCCCACUUGUGUUGUUUGAUUGUCACUUUCCAGAUAUACAGUGGCAGUAUGAUAAUGAGGGUCUAGACUCACUGAUCAGACACUUACAGAAUCAUUGGACCCAUCAGUGUAUCAGAACAACUAUUAUUAAACAAAUGUUGACUGAUCUUGAAAAUCUGCGUGGAGAACAUACUGAAUCUAUUUCGUGCCAGAUCGAGUAUUUAACCAUGGGUGUCAAGCCUCGAAUAUAUAAACCAUUGUUAGAAAGACCUUACUGCGAAAGUCUGGAAGAUAGAAUACAACACUAUGCUAAACGACAGAAAACUACCCAAGAUAGUGAGAGUUCUAAACAGAAAGCUACAUCAAUACUGAGUAAUAAUUUGUGAAUUAAAUAAAGAAAAUGUUUCAAA